AUCAGAACUCCACAAAAACUAUAAAUCACCCUCCACAUAAAGCAGUCUCUGGUAGACUCGUGUAGUCUCUCUCUCUCCCGCACUGAGGUGAGAAACUGAGAAUCUGAACUAGUUUGCCUCCAGAGGCCUUCUCGAGUCUAUUGUCUCAACUCUCAACCCGCCCGAAUCGGCGAAUCCAUAACCAAAGUCUAAAGGUUUUGUCGUUUGCUUAUAGAGAGAGACUGUGAGAAAGAAGUUAUAAUAAUGAGCAGUGCAGUGCCUUCGUCGUCUUUGCCUUUUCCUUCUCAGAGCGUCGUUUUGGGUCCUACAGAGAUCUUCUCAAAUACCCAAGAUUCUGCCAUUAAUCCCCAUCCUCAUCCCCAUCAUACCUGCACCAAUAAUAAUCCCUGGAAGAGGGUGUUUGAGCCUCCUCGCAGCUCUCAAACUGCAUUCGUUAUGAAUACUUCCUCUUGGCCCGCUCUCUCUCGUUCUUCUUCCCCGAAAGCUCCUCCUGAGGUUCAAUUGCCGGAAUCGUCUUCGAAAGAGAUGAUCGCUGAAUCCAAGGGUAUCAAUGGUGGGCUCGUCUCUGCCGAUAUCGCUUCUGCGACGGUUUCCUCGAGCGACAAUGAGUCUUCCUCUAGUGCGAAUUUGAAGCUUUCCGUUUCAGUGUCUGGCGAUGGUUGUGGCUCUGGUUCAGAGAAGCAGAAGGUUACUCCAUCGCCGUCGUCGACUAAGUCGAUGUAUUCUAGGCCAGGUCCGGCUAACUCGUCAAGGCCCUUUAACCAUCACAACAAUCAGCAUCAUCACCAUUCUUCUCGAAUGGGGUCUAAUCAGAGGGGAAAUGGAUUCAAUACGAGGGGAGGGAACAGAGGCGGAGAUGGGUUUCAUCAUAAUCAGAACUAUUCAAAUAGGCGUCACCAGCCGCGUGGCUUCAGUGAUUGGAAUUCCAAUAGAGGGUUCAGUCCCAGGGCGGUGAACCCGCAGCACCCUCCUCACGGAUUUGUCAAUGGUCCCGCAGGGUUUYUAGGGCCACCGCCACCACCACCGCCACCGCUUCAGCAUUCUUACCCGCCGACUGCAAUUGUCAAUCCUCCUUAUGUCAAUGUUCCUCCUCCGCCUCCCCCUCCGGUUCCGGCCUACAUGCCUCCAUAUGGGUAUUACGGUAAUGGGUACUUUCCAGAUGCAUCUGGUCCAGUCUAUGGUCCUCCGAUGCCACCACCAGCACCUUUUAUGGAAGCUGUCAAUGGACCACCACUAUAUCCUCAGCCUUCCCCACCGUAUAAUCUGCCUAACCCAGAAGUUGAACUAUGCAAUAGAAUACAGAAGCAAAUUGAAUAUUACUUCAGUGCAGAGAAUUUAGUGAAUGAUUUCUAUCUGAGGGGCGAGAUGAAUAAUGAAGGCUGGGUUCCUAUUAGUCUUAUUGCAGGCUUCAGAAGGGUAAAAGCAAUGACAAGCGAUGUUAGUAUGAUAAUGAAAUCAUUGAAAAUAUCAUCUAUUGUGGAAGUAAAAGAUAACAAGGUCCGUAAACGUGGAGACUGGAUGAAUUGGAUUCUGUCACGCCGUUCAAUGAGUGCAACACAAACAUGUUCUGUUGAAGACAUGCUGGGUGCUAUUAAGGAUUUGCAGCUGACGGAGAAACCUGAAGCAGAAUCUCAAGAAGUUGCGUCAAAGAUUGGAAAGUGAUCUAAUACUUCUAACUAGCUGGUCAAAGAACUCUCAUGCUCAUCUACCAAUAGAGGUUAGUGAACAAGAAGUCCCAUUUAUAGAAAGAGUAGAGAGCAAAGGAAAAAUAAUAGGGAGAAGCUAACUAGAGAAGGAAAUUAAAAGGAACUAGGAAUUGAUUGCCGAAAGAAGGAAAGAAGAGACCCUUUGGUGGUGCUUUUUGAAGCAAAAUUUCAUGCUCGACUCAAUUAUAUGUUGAUUGAUUCUUUAUGUGCAAAAGGGAGCACAUAUUGAUGGUGGAGGUUCCAAGUAAAAGCCUCUUGCUGUCAUCUAUUAACCCAAGGAAAGAAUAGAUUAACUUGAUGGUGUUCAUAUGUGUAUAGGGGUUUUUAUCAUCUUCUUUUUUCAACUCCUCUGUGGAUAUGCCUGUCUUAUUUUACAGACAUGGGGGCCAAUUUUGAGAAUUAUAUGGUCAUUUGAGGAGUCUAAUUAAAGAUUCUUUGACUAGGAAUACUAAUUGUAGGGUUGUCUGAGUCUGUCCAUGUUCUACCAGAACAAAAAAGAAAAAACAAAAAAAAAAAAGAAGUGUCUGUCCAUGUAAAAAGUCUUUUUGUCCUUAACAAUAUUCGUUCCUUUAAUACUAUUUUGUAAGUCCAUAAAUGUGGGUUUUGUUGGAUGUUUUUAUAUUUC